AGAUCAAUCUGCCAUCUCUCUCUCUCUCUCUCUCUCCUCCACUGUAACGGAAUCGCAACCCCCAAAUCUUAGGGCUUUCUCUCUCUAACCCCCUCACCACCACCCACCCACCCAUGGACGGCGGCGGUGCUCCUCAGCCGGCGGAUACCGACAUGUCGGAGGCGGCGGCGCCGGCGCCACCUCCCCCGCAGCAGCAGCAGCAGCCGCAGGGGAUCGAGAACAUCCCCGCCACGCUCAGCCACGGCGGCCGCUUCAUCCAGUACAACAUCUUCGGCAACAUCUUCGAGGUCACCGCCAAGUACAGGCCCCCCAUCAUGCCCAUCGGCAAGGGCGCCUACGGCAUCGUCUGUUCGGCUUUGAAUUCGGAUACGAGCGAGCACGUCGCCAUAAAGAAGAUCGCUAAUGCUUUCGAUAACAAGAUUGACGCGAAGAGGACUCUCCGCGAGAUCAAGCUCCUCCGGCACAUGGACCACGAAAACGUUGUGGCAAUCAGGGAUAUAAUUCCGCCGCCACAGAGAGAGGUGUUCAAUGAUGUUUAUAUUGCAUAUGAGCUAAUGGACACUGAUCUGCAUCAAAUUAUUCGUUCCAACCAAGCACUGUCUGAGGAGCAUUGUCAGUAUUUUCUGUAUCAGAUCUUGCGAGGGUUAAAAUACAUUCAUUCUGCAAAUGUUCUGCAUAGAGACUUGAAGCCCAGCAAUCUUCUCCUAAAUGCAAAUUGUGACUUGAAAAUAUGUGAUUUUGGACUAGCUCGUGUCACUUCUGAAACUGAUUUUAUGACAGAAUAUGUUGUCACGAGAUGGUACCGUGCGCCAGAGCUAUUGUUAAAUUCUUCGGACUAUACGGCGGCAAUAGACGUAUGGUCUGUAGGCUGUAUUUUUAUGGAACUAAUGGAUCGGAAACCCUUGUUUCCUGGCAGAGACCAUGUUCAACAGCUACGUUUGUUGAUGGAGCUGAUUGGCACCCCAUCAGAGGCAGAGUUGGGGUUCUUAAAUGAAAAUGCUAAGAGGUAUAUCAGACAGCUUCCUCUGUACCGUCGGCAAUCCUUCACUGAAAAGUUUCCUCAUGUCCACCCGCUUGCAAUUGAUCUCGUUGAGAAGAUGCUAACGUUCGAUCCCAGGCUGAGGAUCACAGUUGAAGAAGCAUUGGCUCAUCCCUACCUAAACUCGCUGCAUGACAUCAGUGAUGAGCCGACGUGCACGAAUCCAUUCAACUUCGACUUUGAGCAGCAUGCACUCACGGAGGAACAGAUGAGGGAGUUAAUUUAUAGGGAAGCGCUCGCUUUUAAUCCCGAGUAUCUACAGUAAUGGAAGUCAUGCUGUUAGUAUGUGGUGGCUUUUCUCGAGUGUGAUGCCCGUGUUUUUACGUGGCAAUGAUUUAUUUCUUCGUGUACAUAUUUUCUAUCUUAUUGUUGGAUGGCUCUACUAUUGAAUUCUUUUCAUGACUUCGACAACCAUAAGAACUUUCAAAGACUGCCUGUAUUAACUGUUUUUCUUCAUUGCUCCACCUGUUAAUUGAGCCAACAUCUGCUGA